AAAUUUCAGCAAGAUCUUUGAUAGCUGCAUUGAACUAUGUAGUUUUUGCUCUCCUGAAAGUGCAUUUUGCCUCGUGACAGACAAUAUGCAAGUGUUGGAUGCUGAAUCGAACCAAAACGACAGCAAGUCAGUUCUCGUUGUUUUCACUGGACCUUCGGGGGCUGGAAAGAGUAGUAUUAUACAGAAGCUUAAAGAGAAUUACCCUAAUCGAAUAGGUUUCAGUGUCAGUCAUACUACAAGAUCACCACGACCUGGAGAACAAAACGGAGUGGAGUACUAUUUUGUUCCUGAGGAAAAAUUUAAAGACAUGAUAGAGAAUAAUGAGUUUAUUGAAUAUGCAAAUGUGCACGGACGCUAUUAUGGAACAAGUUUUCAAGCAGUAGAAACCGUCCUAAAUAGAGGGCAGCUUUGUGUGCUCGAUGUUGAUGUCCAAGGAUGCCGUUCUAUUCGUCAGAGAAGUAUCAAGGCUAUUAUAAUAUUCAUUUCACCUCCUUCACUAACGGAGUUGGAGUCUAGGCUGCGUUCUAGAAAGACAGAGUCAGAGGCAGAUGUAAGGAAGCGCAUCGAUGACGCAGAAGAUGAAAUGAAAACUUGUGGAGAGCCUAAUCUAUAUGACCUUGUUGUUGUGAACGACUUUUUGGACAGAGCAUACAACGAAGCGAGGACCUUUAUUGCAGAAUACUUGAAUGACAAGGAUCAAAAGUUUCAGCUAUCGCUUUAGACAUAAAAAUGAUGAAUAGUACUUGUGA